CAAACAGCAUGUGAGGACACGUUGCCUUAGCUAGGAAGUGGAUGAGAAGUCACAGACGCCCUGGGAGCACAGCUGAGGGGGAGUUGGAGAGACAGGUGAAAGUAUCAUUUGGGGUUAAGUCCAGGAAUGGGAAGUCUGGAGUGCAAUCCACAUGAAUUGAAUUUUUACUGGAUUCAACUUUGCCCCAGUCCUGCCCUCUAUCACCCCACCCCUUUCUGCAAAAAAUGCCCAGGGAGGCCUGCUGUUUGUCCUCCUCUGCCCACUCUGAAGUGGUCAGAGUCCAGAGAACUGAGGGUUCAGAGUGGACAAGCAGCCACAAGGAGGACAUCUCCAUUCAGCUCUACCCUGAAGCUGAGCUGCCCCACUGACAGGAUGAAGGUCUUCGUGGCUGCCCCCUUUCUCCUCACCCUCAUCCUCACUGCUCCGACUUGUCACGGCCAGCCAGGAUAUCAGUCAUAUGACACACGGUUAUUUGGGAACCUCCCCUUAGGGAGUGCCCCCUCUACUGGCCUGACACCCUACUUAAAGGACCAGCCUGAGCUGCAGCGAAUCUCAGAAGAGCCUGAGACAGCACAAGGAUCUCACGCAGGUACCAUGAAGGUCUUUGCAGCUGUCUUUGCUGUAAUCCUUGCGACCGCUGCCUUCUGCCCUUCUGCAUCUGCCUCUCCUUUUGCCUCGGACACCACACCCUGCUGCUUUGGCUACAUCAACCGUGUACUGCCCCGUAACCACAUCCAGGAGUAUUUCUACACCAGCAGCAAGUGCUCCAUGCCAGCGGUUGUCUUUGUUACCCGAAAGAAGCGCCAGGUGUGUGCCAACCCAGAUAGUUCAUGGGUGAAGGAUUACAUCAACAUUUUGGAGAUGAGCUAGAGGGAGGACACCUUGAACCUGAAAUUGUCCAAGCUUUCCUAUUACUUCUUCCUCUUGUCCUAAUGAGCUUGGUGAGCAUGCUCCCACUCCCACACCCUCCUUAGAGAGUACAGAUCCCACCACACAGCAGCAGUUAUAAAAGCUCCCCACGUAUAAGGCCUCCAAGAGCUCCUGAGGCUCUGCCUUGUGCACAAAGAGUCUCUGGGUUCUGAGCUUCAGGCCCUUUGCUUGACCAUGACCCUGCGCUCAGGAUGGAAGUCAGCACGCCUGGAGAAGGGAAGAAGGGAAGAAGACUGGGCUCCUACAGCAAAGUCCAUGGCCAAAACUCACUAGGAAGGGAAGUGUGAGAAAUCAGCUGACUGGAAGUGUGAGAAAUCAGCUUUCCAUUAAAAUUCUCCAUGCAAUUACAAAGCUGGCUCCUGGUUUG